GACUGAUUCGAGCCUGCGCGCGUUUGACACUUCCCGCCGUCUCCUCUUAGCCACCAGCCCGUCCCACUGCCGUGUGAGCUUUGCUUUGCGCGUCUGCACUUGGCCGUCUCAGGAGUCUCCCACGUCCACCCACACCACACCCGUCCCGUUUCAGAAUGAGCUACGGAAACAGAGGCUACGGCCAGAUUGGCUCCGCUGGAGGCAACCCCUACGAUGCGCGCGACCAGAGUGCCGGCUACGACAACUACGAUCGCGAUGUAGAGAUGCAAUCUUACCCUGGUGCUGGCGCUGACCCCAACGCCAUUCUCAAUGAGUGCCGUGAAGUCGACCGCGCCCUCGACGACCUCGAUGGCCAGCUCAACAACCUCGAUCGCGUCUUCAGACAAUCGCUGGCCCGCCCAGACAUGCCCUCUGGCGAGAUCAACAACCUUAGCUCUCAGAUCAUGACGGGCUACCGCGCACUUGUCACUCGCGUCAAAAACAUCAAGUCGAAACCUGAUUCGGGUCACCCCAGGAACGCCCCUCAAGUUGGCAAGGUCGACCGCAGGCUCAAGGCCACCAUCAACAGGUAUCAGACACUCGAGUCAGACUUCCGAAGGGAAUCGCAGGCGGCUGCUGAGCGUCAGUACCGCAUUGUGCGCCCAGAUGCUACCGAGGAAGAGGUUCGCGAGGCUGUUUCAGACCCUGAUGCGCCCAUCUUCCAGCAGGCUCUCAUGAACUCCGACCGCCGUGGCCAAGCCUCGUCUACUCUCCGCAACGUCAAGGAGCGACACGAGGCCAUUCAAAACAUAGAACGUCAAAUGGUUGAGCUCGCCCAGCUGUUCCAAGACCUCGACCAAAUUGUCCAGGAGCAAGAACCACUUGUCGCCAACAUCGAACAAAAGGGCGAAGAGAUCAAUGAUAACGUCAAGGCCGCCAAUGUCGAGAUUGACGGUGCCAUCGACAAGGCUCGCGCCCGCAACCGCAAGAAGUGGUGGUGUGUCCUCAUUGUGCUCAUCAUCAUUAUCAUCAUCGUUGUUAUUGCUGUCGUAGUCACACAAGUCAACAAGUCGACUUCCGGCGGCGGCAAGUAAGAGAGCGAUGUGCAAUUUGCUGUACCCCGGCGCAUACCAUGAUUUUUAUACCCAUAUCCACCGUCUCCUUCCUCAGUAGUCUUUUUCUUCCUAAAAGGCUGGUCCCGUACAACAUGUAAUACGCCUUUGGUGGAUAUGCAUACAUACUCUCACUUUCCCCUUGUCAUUUACUGUUUUGGUUAGAAAAAUCAGUCUGUUAUUGUCUCAUUCGCCGCGCUCAGCGGCGACUUUUAUUCUCAGCGGCUCACGUCAGCAGGUUUUUUCUUUGGCUUUUGUAGCGAUGGCUUGACUGCAUUGCGGGUUGCUUUAUUGUUGCUAUAGAACCCAGCCUACAGGCUGUUAUUGAAUCGAGAGGAUUUGAAAGU